UGAUCCACCUUAUACAGGCAGACGACUCCAAGUACCCCUUCCGGGACCACCCACCCACCUACAUCCGGGCGCAGCUGUACAAAUACUGGUUCACGGAGGCCGAGAUGGACGGGACCCUCCCUCAAAAAUGGUGGCGUCGUCGAUGGAUGGAGGAAUUCUACCCAGUGGUCUUUCUGGGCGACCCCAACCUAGAAGCCCAGCUGGCCCAGCACGGGCUCAAGGACAAGCCCGCCCUCAAGCGCCCCCCGGAGGCUCUCCUGCCCAGCCUGCUGCAGCGGGUUCGAGUCCAGCUCCAGCCGUACACCGGCCCGGCCGUCAUCUGGUCCCUCUACCUGACCGCAGCGGCCGUGGGCAUCCUGCGAGGACUGGGGGCCCGUCUGCCGGCUGGAGGGCUCCCCACGGGAGGCAAGCAGAAGCCGAGCCGGCCGGCUGACGCGGUGGCCGAUCCUGGUGGUGGCGGAGACCAGCCGGGCGCAGAGAAGAACGGGCAGCUGCGGAGGAAGGAGGAGAAGGGCCGGCCGGCCGGAGAGGCCCCCACCAAUGGGCUGCGGAACACGAAGAAGAAGAAAUAAGUUGGGGGGCCCCGGCAGCACUGGGACACCUCCCCCCUCUCCAAACCCGGCCUCUGCAAGACGCCAGGCAGGACAUGAGCGGAGGGUGGGAGGGAGCCUUUGACACCCGACGGACUCGGUUGCCUCCCCUUCUCCCGCCACACAAACACACACUCACACACGCAUGCGAGCUGUGGGAGGGGAAGCCCCCAACCCACCCACUCACCUGAAGGUCCUCCCUGUUGCAUCGAGGGAGGGGCAAGGCUGCUGCCUCCCCCGGGCCCACUUGCUCUUCUCAGCCUCCUGCUCUGUGGCCCCCUCCUCGCUCUGCAACGCCCCGAGGCAGGUGGCUCUCUCUGGUCAGCUGGGAGCAGCCGGGGUCCCUUACGAGGGUCUCCCGUGUUUGGGGACUGGGGGAUAGGGGGUUGCAUCCCUUUGGAUUCUUUGGGGGUCCCCAGGGAAGGUUCUGUCCUUCCUGGGAGGGUGGGAUCAUCGGCAGAGGGUGGUGGGAGGCCCUCCAUUCCUCCCUUCCCUUUCUCUUUCCCCCCCAUCCUUCCUCUCUCUUCCUUCUUCCCCUCCCUCCCUCCUUCC